AUGUCGCCUCACGCCGUCACUGAGCAGUUUCAGGACGAAGAGCUUCUCGCAUCUUUUAAUGUCACAAGCAAUGGCUUCCUUCCUUCAGAGGAGCCCCUCAAGUUCCUUCCGAACUCAUACUAUGAGCCAUGGGAGCUCUUAAUUCAUAACCUCCAGAGUCAUCUUGGUAAUGGCACACUGAGACAAAAGGUAGACCAGUUACCGGUGCUGUCAACCGAAGGUCUCAGGACGGAGCCUGAAUGGAGGAGGGCAUAUGUUAUCUUGACCCUCCUGACACACUCGUAUGUUUGGGGCGGUGACAAGGCUGCAGAGAUCCUCCCUCCCACACUAUCUGUUCCUCUCCUCGCUAUCUCCCAGCACCUUGAAGUGCCUCCAGUAGCGACAUACGCCGCCCUUAACCUCUGGAAUUUCAGUUCGUCCACAGACUGCUUCACCGACCUCGAUAGCCUCAAGUCGCCACACACCUUCACGGGCACCGAAGAUGAGUCCUGGUUUCUUUGUGUCUCGGUCGCUAUGGAGGCUCAGGGCGCCUACAUCAUGCCCAUGAUGCUCAAGGCUCUACGAGCCAUCCACACGCGCGAUUAUGACACCAUCGCUGCAGCCCUGGACGAAUUAUCUGUCUGCAUUAGGAAGGUCGGCGUGCUCCUCGACCGCAUGCGCGAGAGGUGCGACCCCAUGGUCUUUUACCACAAGAUCAGGCCAUUCCUCGCCGGAUCUAUGAAUAUGGCCGCGUCGGGCCUGCCAAAGGGCCUCUUUUACGACGAGGGCAACGGUCAGGGGUCAUGGCAGCAGUGGCGCGGCGGAAGCAACGGGCAAUCAUCACUAAUUCAGUUCUGGGAUGUUGUGCUGGGCGUGACGCACACAUCCGAUGGGAGCAAUAACCCGCACUCCAAGGGCGGAAAACCCGAGGAGAAGAGCUUCCACCAGGAGGUGAGGGAGUAUAUGCCCGGCGGGCACCGGCGUUUCCUUGAGCACAUCGGGCGGUCGGGCAGCAUACGCUCGCUAGCGAUGAUGCCGACGAGUGGAGAAAAGCAUGCGAGGAUGCAGGAGGCAUAUGCCGCGGCGACCAAGACACUGACCGAGUUCAGGAACAAACACCUGGGCAUCGUGACCACGUACAUUGUCAUUCCAUCCAGGAAACCAUGGACGGGGGACGCAGGCAAAAAGGCUGUCAACCUGGCGACCCUGUCGACAAGGCAGCAGAAUGAGAAGAAGGACGCCGGGAAGAAUGGAGCUGAUAAGGAGCUGACCGGAACAGGAGGCACGGCACUGUUGCCAUUCCUGAAGCAGGCAAGGGAUGAUACUCUGGAGGCUGGGCAACUCGUGCGGGAAACUGCCAUAGCAAAGCGAUGA